CGGCGUGGAGGGAUCAUUCCGAGGAGUAGCUUCACCGAGAGAGAGAGAGACACAGAGAGAGAGAGAGAGAGAGAGAGAGAGACACAGAGACACACAGAGAGAGAGAGAGAGAGAGAGAGAGACAGAGACAGAGCGGGGCCAUUUAUAAGAGAGACACUCGACCUGGGUGACCGCCCUGAGCAAACGCCUCCCUGACUUCCACCAAUUCGAGUCACCGCGACACAUCAGCGUAAGCGGCUCCGGUCCGGGUGACCUUCUUGACAGAUGUGUGACACUGCAGAGAACCAUUUGCCUCUCCCAGUGGAGAUCUGAGUUCUGGUACACUGAGGCAGCCAAGGGGGGGGGUGUCUCUGAGGAAAAUGCUGGGUUCAACGCGUGGCGUUGUUGAAGAAUGGCUCUCAGAAUUCAAGUCCUUACCAGAAAAGAGCAUCCCCAGCUACGCCGACAGCCUUCAUCUGAAGAAGGCCCUAGUGACAGCUCUCUACAGAGUCAUCCAGGACACCAACAGCGAGCUGCUGGAGCCUGUCUGCCACCAACUGUUUGAAUUGUACCGGAGCUCUGAGGACCGCCUUCGCCGCUUCACCCUGCAGUUCCUGCCCGAGCUGGUGUGGGUAUAUCUGCGUGUCACAGCCAGCAGGGAUCGCCAGAGCAACGGGUGCAUUGAGGCCCUCCUGUUGGGCAUCUAUAACCUGGAGAUUGUUGACAAAGAUGGCAACAGCAAGCUCCUCUCCUUCACAAUCCCUUCUCUGUCCAAACCGUCAAUAUAUCACGAGCCUUCUAGCCUGGGGUCCAUGGCAUUGACGGAGGGGGCUCUCUGUCAACAUGACCUGAUCCGUGUGGUGUACAGCGGCCUCCACCCGCAGAGGGAGACCUUCACUGCUCAGAACAGGUUUGAAGUGCUGUGUUUCCUCAUGCUCUGCUACAACUCCGCGGUCGUCUACAUGCCCCUAUCUUCCUAUCAGUCGGUCUGCAGGAUGAGCUCACGGCUGUGUGUAUGCGGCUUCCCCCGGCAGCAGCAGAAGCUCUGGAGGGAACCGUGCAACCGCGUGCUGCUGGACCCUGAGUUUAUGGUUCAGAUGCUGACUGGUGUGUACCACGCCAUAUACAAUGGAGAGUGGGAGAUGGGACGGGAAGCUCUGGAGGAUAUUCUGUACAGAGCCCAGCUGGAGCUCUACUCCCAGCCUCUCUUGCUGGGCAACGCCAUGAAGAGCUCACUGCCGGACAACGCGCCGGAUGCGCCGCGCGGGCGCAAAGUGCUCCAGGUGGAGGUGACGCCCACCAUCAGCCGCAUCUCCAUCUCAGCCAUCACCACUGCCUCCAUACGGCGCCACCGCUGGAAGAGAGAGGAUUGUUUUGACUACUCAACCGCAGCAGAUUUGAGCCUCAUCGUCAACCCUCAUAGCCUCGCCCAGCACCACCGCCAACACCGCCACAGCCAACACCACCCUUCCUGGGAACCCACAACCAAAGAGGAUAGAGAAGGGCGGCCUCACAGCUACCACUACAGCAGCAGCAGCAGCAUCAUUCCUCCCAUCACAUUUGAGGACGGCGACGGGAUGAGCGGCGGGGAAGAUUCGUUCAACAUCAACGACCCGGAUGAAGGUUUCUCCUCCGGAGCGUCCAACAGCAGCCAGCCCAGCGGCACCAAGGCGGGCGGCAGCAUGGGGCCGAGGGGCAGCCUGAACAGCAGCAGCAGCAUCAAGAAAGCCAUCACAGCACGACUGUCUCGGGAGAAAGAUCGGGAGAAAGAUCGGGAGAGGGAAAGGGAGAAGGAGAGGGAGAAGGAGAAGGAGAGGGAAAGGGAAAGGGAAAAGGAAAAAGAGAGGGAGGCGGUGGCGGAGGUGGAAAAACAGGUGGCGUUGUCAGCUGAUCACCAGGCUGCGGUGAGGAGGCACCACCAGAGGCAGCAGUCGCCCCCAGCUAGCAUCACCUUGGAGGCCAUCCACCUGAGCCCCAUAAAGAAGCACCUCAGCUUCCCCGUGGCGCCCGCGUUGGUGCGGACUGAGAGCACCGCCUCCAGCAAGUCCUUUGACUGCAUGAAUCUCAGCCUGAACGGAGGCGGCGAGGAACGAGACAAGGAGGAGGGCGCUCCAGCCGCCGGCUCCCACCGCCACUCCACCAUCAGCCUGAAGGAGGAGCACCUGAUCAGGCAGGAGGACGCCGAGGACAACCAGUCUCCUGGAGCUCCUCUCACCAAGCAGUCCCGCUCGCCCAGUUUCAACAUGCAGAUCAUAUCACAGGUCUAACGUGCAGGAUGCGACACACACACACACACAUACACACACACACACACAAUACUUGUUCAUUACACUCAGUGCUGCAGAUUUUCUCUGCAGCUUUCAACAAUCAUUUGUGUGUGUGUGUGUGUGUGUGUGUGUGUGUGUGUGUGCGCGCGCGUGCUCUCUAGAGCUGUGGUCUCCAUCUAUUGAACACUCUGUGACUUGCAGUCGUUGCUGGUGGGUUUAGCGUUACUGAAAAGGGAGAAGUGCUCUCUGCUAUAGACUCCAGUCCAGCAUGUCACUGCAUCCUCCGCCUGACCAAGCGGAGCAUUCCUCACAGAAACUUUCCUCGGGGAGGAGGGGGGGUUAAAACGUCAAGAGGGAGGGUAAAGAUGCCGCGCUGGCUGUGAGAGAUGCGCGUGUGUGUGUCAGAAAUUUUGAGUUCCUGACUGAAUCAGUCAAAAUGAAUCUGCAAUAACACUUACUCAUGUUUGAGAAGAGUGGGGAUUAUUGUUCUUUCUCUUCAUUCCUUCCCCUUUCAUUCCCGGGCUCACGUGCAAUCGAUUCUGCUGGUUAUCUUCUUGGUCAUUUGUUGUUCUUAGUAAGACAUGGAAUUUUCAUUUCAAUUCAUUAAGAGCAUCCAUGUCUUUUUUUUUCUUUUUUUUUAUCACGACCCAAAGAAGGUAAAAUUAGUGUCUCUUUGACAGAGAUUUAGCAAGAAUCGGUCUGACCAAAGUGAUUCUCUAGUUUUUGCCCCUGACCAUUAUUUUGUUCUCUAAUUGGAUCUCUCGCAUCAGACUUGUAAGAUUGUUCUGUAAUCAAAUUGAAAUGUGAUUAGGAUGUUACUAACUCGAAGCCUUUAGCUGGACAAAUGUGACGAUAUCCCCACUGUGCAGCUACAACAGGAAUGAGUUUGUCAUGUGACCUGAUUUAAUAUUUCAAAGUGAAUCUGGAUUAAAACCCGAUGUAGACGUUGCAGGUUUGGUUUCGAAGCCAAAAGGCAGUGACUGUAUUUUAUAUUGGGAUUGUUGCUAUGGUUGAAACCAUUCAAUGGGUCCCUCCAUCUUAAAGCACCCGUAGGUGUGUUCUGUCGCGCUCUGGCCUUUUUGUGAGUGGCGUCUGGUCUGAGCCGGUGACGUACUGCCCUCCGCAGGCUCCUCUCAGUCGCCGCGGCGAUCCUCCUAACGUCCUGCGCUCUGAUUGGAUGCUCAUGAAACAUUAUGUUCUACCUCAUUGUGUGUUCACCCUGCCAUUCGGACACCCGUCCCCCCUACAGUCAGACGCCGCAGGAUUCAACAGUUUGGGGGGGUUUGAACUGGUUUCACAUUAGAACUGUGACGGGCUCAAUCGCACCAUACACUAAACCUAGCUGCAAAACGACAACAUCCGACACCCACUUUGGAGUGAACCGGAUUAUUUGAAUUCUUAAGAAAUACCUGGCUUCUAUUUUUUUUUUUUUUUUUUUUUUUUUAAUGAAAUGAUUUAUGAAGUGCAAUUGUUUUAUGCUCAUAUGCAUGGAGUUUGAAUCUCUGCUGUUUUAAUGCUUGCAUCUUUGAACAGUGCUCGCUAGCCUUCCGUUGUGCCCCCCAAACCCUCCCCUCCUGCGCAGUGGUUUGAACAUGGCACGCUUGCCUGCAUGUUUAGUCCUCCGCAAAGCACAGCUGUUCCAGAUGUGCGAAACUGACAGUGAGCCAAACCCAACUCUCGUCCUUGAUUUUGCCAGAUGUGCCAAUACACAUCCUAUCCUGAAGGAAGUUAUUUAGCUUAGGUGUCUUAAGUCGAAAUGCCUAUUUUUUUUUUUCUUCCUGUUUGCACGUCUUAUUUCAAAGUUCUGGGACAAAAUAAGCAAAAGAAGGGAUGUUUGACGUACGGCUUAACGUGCCCUUAGAGGCAGCUUCAUCCUUAUUUGCCAUGAAUUUGUGUGUGUGCGCGAGAGAGAGAGAGACACACUUACUAUUUGCUGUUCACAUGUAGAAGCAGUAUAUUAUGCGUCCGUGCACUGUAGAUGUCGUACUGCGUUUCCCAAUGUCUUGCUCACGUGGCUGGUGUAAAAACAAGAGUGACUGAUUUAAUGUAUAUAAAAGUCCCACACCGUCGCGCUCCUGCUGUGCUGCAAACCUUCACAGCUGCUGCUCCUGAGUGAGUUCUGUGUGCGCUUCAGCCUUAAACAUGUCAGCCCAAGGGGGGGGGGGGGGAAGCCUCGGCACUUUUGGACUUGCAUGCUCCUCUUCCUCCUCGCUGGAGUGAGGAGGAAGAAGACCGGAGAGCAGCUCACGCUCACCUGGCCUCUCCGCUGUUGUCCCUGUGCUGAGUCGCUCCCAACCGGCCCUGUUCCCAUUUCCUAUAUAUUUUGAGUGGCACCUGUUUUUCUGCUGUUUUCUCUUUAAACGGGUGACGUGUUCAUGUCAUAAAUGUAAGCGCUGCGGACCAAGGUUACCAGCAUCUCUGCGUGGACAAUUACUCCCCAGUGUCUGGUGUCAUUUGCAUGUGAUCAGGGCGGGAAAUAAUACACCAGCCGGCGAGUGUUGACACAACGUGACUAUCUGCUGUUCGUGUGAGUAGACUGAUGGUCCACAACUCCACAUAAAGUCCUCUUACAUUUCAAAAAGGUCUCAAUUAGGCAGUAAAAUGUUGUACUCUGUUUGCUGCUGGUGGACAAAGUUAAUUUCCUGUCCUGCAUGUGAUAACUGUGGGCUUUGAUUUAUGCACUUUAAUCCAUCCACCUCUCUCCUAAAGAUACUUAUUGAGAUAUAUAUAUAUAUAUAAUAUGUGUGUGUGUGUGUGUGUGUGUGUGUGUGUGUGUGUGUGUGUGUGUGUGUGUGUGUGUGUGAGCAAAUGUGUAUACACUCAAUGCAGGGUUUAAGUCUCUUUUAAAGUAGUUCUUCUAUGUGAUGUCAAAUUCAACAUAAUGCUAUUUUUGUUAAGAGUCUAAGGGUACAGCUAUUCAAUUUUUUUUUUUCAAAACCAAAAAUGAUUAUGUGGGGGGGGGGGGGGGAUCUGGAAGGUCUCAGGAGUUUAUCAAAAAGACACACUUUAAAAAAUGGCAGCACCAAAAUUUCUGUUCUUGAACUCAGAAUUGAUUCUAUGCAACAUGUUUUCCCCUUUUUCUCAUUUUUGGUGUUACCAGCUUUUAUUGAUCCUGGACGGGCGAGAUGCAUUAAGCUGGUUUUUAAGGUGUGAGUCCUAUACAACGAUUCUGUUCAUGCACCCAGUUGUGCUGCUACAGAGCGAAGGACCUCUCAUGUGAGUGGAAUUUAAAAAAGAAAAAAAAAAAACCAUUCAUUUGUGAUCCAAAUGUCCUCGCAGAGAGAAAGCCACAUCGGGACGUUUGGUGCAUGCGGAGCCCCUCCUGUCAGUUUGCACUCUGUGGCUCAAAGACAUUAGUUGGUGUAUGAAAUACAAACAGAUUAUCAAUAAUGAAUCUUAUUGGGUCGCUUCGAGGGAAGCCGCUGGACGAUGUGAUGACACUGUACUAUUGAUGUUGUAUAAAUGGAGAGAGAGACUUAUUUUAAAUCUUGUAAAUAAAAAAUGUACAAAGGUGAAAGCAAGAUACAUAUAAAAACUGCACAUCAGUCUGAGAUGUAAAGAGAAAUUAAUCUGUAUAUUGUUGAAUAAAUAUCGUGCCGUAAGGGA